AUGUCAGAAGAGCUCGAGUGGCUUCAAAGUGAACUACCCGAGUUUCUGAAGAUGCAAAAGAACAAAACUCACCCAUUUCUACGAGCUGCUUUUCCCAAAAUGCAUUGGGAACCAACUGGUAAUCCUCCACAUGGAUGGAAUGAAGUUGAUCAUCAGAACGACAACAGUGUCCCUGAUAGUGACGAGAGCGUUCUACUGCCACUCACUGCCGAACAGGAAGCUGAGCUUGAAGGGGCAAGUGACAUCCAGCGGAAAAAAUUAAAAGAAUGGUUCUGGAACAAUGCCAAGAGUAAAACUACACCUGGCAACACAUCGAUGAGUAAAGCUUUUGCUCAGCUACUGGGUCAGUGUGCUCGCGGUAUUUGUGACCUGAAGGAUAUCGAGGUUUACUCAAGAACUUACUACAAAAUGAAAGUACAGCCGCUGGUCGAUGGCAACAUUCAGGAAAACCAGCUCAAUGCCAAGAACCAAAUUGCUAUCAUGCAAAAACACGUCCACAAUUGUUUUGAAGCUGAACCAGAAGAAGUGAAGGCAGAGAUUCGUGAGGAGGCCGCAAAGAUCAAUGCUUCCAGAAGAUUAGGAAGUAUUAUAUCAGAUACACGCACCAAAGAGGAAAUUUACAGGAUUUUUUUUUUCUUGGCAGCAAAUGUUUUGUUUAUUGAUGUUAAUUAUCUGAUGUACAGAGCUAUUCAAGAGCUGCUGAUGGUCCUGGGACAGAUUUGCAAUGACCUGGGGAAACUGAUGGGAGGCUGGCAUUUUUCCCUAGUUAUGGGGGGUGCUGACCCCAUGUGUCCAGGCGAUAUCAUGACUCUAAGUUAUCACCACAGCAAAAAUCAAGAUGGUCAUAGUUUCAAGGCUGCCAACCUAGAUUUCCACGAGCAGUAUCUCGUGCCAUUCAAAAAAUAUUUGCGACACGUUUUUCACUGCACCAACAGAGUUUCGGCCAAGUCACCUUCAUCCUUGCCAAUUCCCAGCCCAUCUCCUCCUCAAGCAGACACCCAUCACAACCCAGAAGAACCAUCUAUUCCCAUCCCCAUCGAAUCUCCUAUGGUGAUUCCUGACCCUUCUCCCCCAGCACCUCCUGACUUCGCAUCACUAAAUACCCAGAACGACACACGUACUCCUGUCCCUGUCGAAUCCUUGUUGGACCCCAAUUUUCCUGUCUGCGACACCGAUAUUGAUGCAUUUGUUGCUACACUUCAUCUGCUGGCAAGUGACGGUCCACAUGGCGAGUGGUGGCAAAUCCGGGACACGCAAAUGCCUAUGCCGCCAGUCAUAAAUCCUCCUCCGGCCAUUAUACCUACACCGCCGGUCAUAAACACUCCUCCACCUAUUGCUGGAUCGCCUAUCGAGUCACCCGUGCAGGGCCAGAACAGCUCGAUGGUGAACGUUUCAUCUACCCCGCCCUGCAUUCGCAGACCACGCUUGAAUGCUGUCCCAUCAUCUUUGUCCAAGUCUGUUGACACGGGUGACAGCCUUCCUGUCAUGCGCAUCUCUGCCACUCCCUUGCCUGGCUCGGUCACCACCAACUCACAUUCAGUUCUGCCUGUUUCCAGUACUCCUGUAGAAAAUGUCACUCCCUUGCCUGCCUUUGAAUUGCACCUGCACCUCUCACAGACACCUUGCUUCCUGCAGCAAGUGUUCCUCUAG